AUGGCCGGCGACAUAGAACUCAUCAAUAGCCUCACGGCUGAGCAAGCUCGUGCAAUUCUCAUUUUUCUGUCUCACAAUCGUUCAGUCGCAGAUAAAGUGAGCAAGUACGCAAGAGACAUGAAAAUUCAUGCUCGCGUGAAGGCAAUAUGCGUACAGUGCAACUCAACAUUCGAUCCUAGUGAUACCGCUAAGAAUUGUUUCUACCAUAAUGGCGAGCUUGAAGCCAACUAUGAUGAUGACUUUUGGGCCGACCAUGAUGAGGAUUGUCAUGGAACUAUUGACACUGAUGAGAUGCGCGAGGAGUUCCCAGAAGGGUUUAUAUGGAAUUGUUGCGAUAAAAGCGGAGAUGAAUUAGGCUGCCGAUGGGGCAGACAUCAAACAGACCCAAGCAAGGUGGAAGAAGGGGAAGAUGCUGAGCUAUACGAUGAUGAGGAUGAUGAUGACGAAGAUGAGUUUACAGAGGACGAAGAUGAAGUUGAUGAUAAAGAAAACGAGAAUAAAAGAGGAAACGGAGAUGAGAGUCAGAGUCUAGGGCCGAAUAAAAGGCAAAAACUCUAG